AAGAGGGAAAAAAUCAAUUUUCAAUUUUAAAAUUUUGAGAUGAGCUUGUUUCUAAAUUAAAUUUGUUAGAUUGGUGAAUGCCAUAUGCUGAUGUGAAAAAAAAAAUGCCAUUUAAACUCUUGAAACCAUCAUGAACUUUAAUUUGAUAAUCUCUUAAGUUCUAGAAGUAUUUUAAUCACCAUAGAUGAGGGUUGAGCCUUGGCUCAAUGGUAAGGUUGCUUGCUGCCUUGUGACCUGAACGGCAUGGGUUCAAAUCUUGGAAACAGUCUCUCCGUUUACAAGGGAAAGCUACAUAUAUUUAUCCUCCCCAGACUAAACUUGGUGAGAGUCUUGUGCUCAGGUUGCCCAUUUUCGAUAUGUAUUAACCAUAGCUAAUUUGCUUCAAGUCUGGUAUGAUGUAAACAGGUGAUACGAUUUAUGAUUUUUAUUUAUAAAGGAAUUUACAUUAUCAUUCACCAUCCUAGACCUAGACCAGUCAAGAAAUGUUUCAUACAUUCUUCACCGCAGCCUAUUUUUCCUGAUAAUGUUCUGAUUUUCAACAUACUGAAGCCUAUUAAGUUAAUAACUAAAUCAAGGAAUUUAUCACAGGACACUGUAGUUGGAUUUCUGCUGGCUGGAGUGGGUAAUGUUGACUUGCGCAGGAAGACAAAUUACCUUAUUGUAGACGCAAAAACAACUGUCAAACAAAUUGAAGAUGUAUUCAAAGAGUUCACAACAAGGGAAGAUAUCGCAAUAGUUUUGAUAAGCCAAUAUGUUGCAAAUAUGAUAAGGUUUCUAGUUGAUAGUUACAACAAGCCUGUUCCUGCAAUAUUGGAGAUUCCCUCCAAAGACCAUGCAUAUGAUCCUACGCAUGAUUCAGUUCUUUCACGAGUGAAGUACCUCUUCUCUACUGAAUCUGUGGCUUCUGGGAGACGCUGAGCUUAUGUUCUUUGUUUGAUUUGAUUUGAUUUUUUUCUAGAAUAUGUUUUGUCCUUGUUCACGGUAGAUUAAAACCUUACUCCAUUACCUUGUGAGCUCAAUAGUAUCUUGAAUAUUGGGGUUAUGGAGAUUAUUUGAAUAAAUUGUAAUAUAUAAAAUAGAUGCUAAAGUAUUUGAGUUCU